CGCACUCUCACACACUACCAUGACAAGGUCUUGCGUGAUGCCUCUAGCAGCCUGGGUGUUACUGGCAACCUUUACCUGGUGUUCCUACGCCCACGCCGCCCAUGCUGCCCCAGUCCCGCCCGUCGCAGCCGCCCUCAGCUCUCCCUCUCAGGGCUUCGGCUCCAACAACAGCGAAGACGACUCCGUAGCUCAGCCUGAGAAGAGAUUACUCAAAUAUUUCCACCCAGGAAGCCAGGCAUGGAUGGACGAUGGCGGAGACUUGUACCCCAUCAGUCAGGAGGGCUCCAAGAGAGCCUACAGCGAUAGGAACUUCCUGAGGUUUGGACGCAGCGAUGUGGACAAGAGAAACCGUAAUUUCCUCAGGUUCGGACGCAGUGAUCUUGGUGACUACCACAACAGCGACGACGAGACUCUCAACGACUCCCUCGUGAAACGAAGCCGGAACUUUCUGAGAUUUGGCCGCUCCGUGACCCGGCAGCUCAACGCCCAGUCUUGUGAUGGCUGUGAUGGACCCAAAACCCAAGGAAACAACCCCACACCCUCCUCUCCCACUCCGGUCCAGCCAAAGGCCUCUGCCAAGCAUGACGUCGCUCACAAGAUCGAGUCCUCAGAACCCAGGGAGAGCACUUCUCAGCGCAUGAAGAGAGCAGCUGAUCCAACCUUUAAUGACUACGGGUCAAUGUCAUCCUACAGCCCCUCCUCCUGGGCCAGAGGAUUCCAGCCUGAAGAAGAGAUAAUCACCGUGUCCUCAGAGGAUCCACAGGACGUAAACAAACGCGCACUUGAUCGUAACUUCCUGCGCUUCGGCCGUGAUCGUAACUUCUUGCGCUUUGGCCGCAAUCGUAACUUCCUUAGAUUUGGCAAGCGGGACAGAUCCAACCAAUACCCGCCAUCCUCGUCCUCCGAGUCCAGCGAGUCCCUGGUGGUGGUGAGUCCAGCUGAGUACUCCCGCAACGUGAGGGCGCCCCAGAGAAAUUUCCUCAGGUUCGGUUGA